AUACACUAUCACGUGACUCAAUGUUUUGUUUUGCUCCUUCAGCCUGGGUGAAGAUCAUCUCUAGCAGCUACCUGCUGAAAACCUGCUAGUUUUAUCAUAAAUGUACUAUGUAGGAGCAGCGACACGUUUUAUUCACACGCCUGAGUUACUAGCUUUAGAAACCACAACGUUAAAUCAGCUGAAAAACGCUUUAGAUAGCAAGAUAGCAUCAGCAUCACUAGAGUGGACUAUGGCGGCUGUUGACAGCUUUCAGCUUCUGCAUAGAGAACUUUCUCGGUCAUGUAGUCCUUACUUUGAAACCCUGGCCCUGGUCGGUGCACUGUACACGGCCAGCAGGGCGAUAAUCCUCCUGAGAGACUGCUGCUUGUUGAUCAGGGUGCAUUUCCUGCCAAGAAUUAUCCCGAGGAAGAAGCUCAACCAGAGAUUUGGUGACUGGGCUGUUGUUUAUGGUGCAUCAGAGGCUGUGGCCAAAGCCUAUUCAGAGGAGCUGGCCAGGCACGGUAUCAGCAUCAUCUUUGUCACUCAGAACCACACCUCUGUCAGAGACACCGCUGCGUCUCUCUCCCAAAGCUACGGAGUGGCAGCUGUUGUCGUCCUAGCCGACUUCUCUUUGGACCAGGCGGCCAGUAAGCCCAUCAUAGAAGCCAUGAGGGGGAAAGAUAUCGGCUUCCUGGUGAACUGUGUGGAGUCUGUGGCGUCCCCUCAGAGCCUGCUUGACAUGCCCGAGCAGGGCCUGUUGGAUUUGGUGAAUAAGAACGUUGCGGUCGCUACUCUGAUGACCCGGUUGGUGCUGCCAGGGAUGCUGGAGCGCAGCAGAGGAGCUGUGGUCAAUAUCUCCUCGGGUGCUUGCUCCAGACCGCUGCCUGGAAGAGUGACGCUCACCGCCUCCACUGGCUACUUUGAUCAUUUCUCAAGAGCUCUUCACCUUGAGUACGGCGGCAAAGGGAUCUUUGUACAAAGUCUGACUCCUUUCCAGAUCGCCUCGAGUGAUCAACAACCAUCAUCUUCAUCGACACCGUCAUCAAGACCAGGCUGGUUUACACCAAAACCAGAGGUUUACGCCCGCCACGCCGUCUCCACCCUCGGCGUCUCCAAUAGGACCACCGGCUACUGGCCUCACACACUGCAGUACGGACUGAUGAGACGUAUUCCAGAGAGGAUUUGGGUUCUUGGAUCACGGUGGCUCAUGAGUUCAAGCUAAGAGCUCACCUCUCCUCUCCUCCCUUCACUAAAGACUUAACCCAGUUACUGAAUCCUCUUGUUACCGGAGUCAUUAGUUUAAAUGUAUUAUACUCUCAGGAUCUGUUGAAUUGGUAGUAAAGAGUUUAUCUUCUAUUUAUUUGGUGUCAAUUUUAAGGAAAGCUGCAGUGGAAUUUGCCUGAAAUAAUGAAUGAAUAUAUAUUACUCCUGUAUGGUCUGAUAAAUCUGUGACAUCCUAAAUUAACUAUAGAAAGAAGACAACCUGAUGAUCUUAAUGGGGGCCAGACAUGAGGUUGACAUGAGGUUGACUUUGAGUCAGGAUUGUAAACCUGCUGAUUAUCACUAGAGGAUAAUCAUUUGGUUUGGUGCCUGGACUUUUAUAACAUGUAGUUUCAACACUUUGAACUGUUGGAUAAGAAAUCCUUUCAAACCAACAUGGAUCCUGAAGGCCUGGUUUAUUAAAUAUCAAACUGAAUGUACACUUAUUUUAUUUUGCUAUGCAUUUAAAAAAAGUUGCACACUGAAAUUCUUUCGCUCUGCAAGACAGAGUUCAGUAUAGAAACAGGUGAGAUCAAAAGCCUCACCUCAAAUGUAACAUAGAAAAAGACAGAAAUCAGAAGAAAGCAAUAAUAAAGUAACCAAAAGAUAAACAAAAUCAUAACAUAAAAUUAACCAAGUGUAAUUUUGAUAAAUAUAACUCAAUCCAAAUGUAAAAAAGGUGUUAACUGACGGUGGAAAUGAUGCAUUUUUAAACUCCAACUCAAGUAUAUAUCUGAAUAUAUUCUUGCAAAGACGGAGUUCAGAUAAACCCAAAUUGUGCCAGUAUACAGUAUGAUACAUGUGAGAGUGUUUACAGCAAAUACGCGUGUGGUGGUGAAUGAUAGCUUUAGGUGUCAUUCCUCAGACUAAAACAUUCAAGCAUCUCCAGGAGUGAAUUUGAAAUGCGAUGAAGAGUGAGAUAGUGAUGUUUUGUUUCUUUGAGAAACUGUAUUUCAGCUAUAUUAAAUAUAUGUGGAUAUUGCUUUAAAACAAGUAUUUAUAUUUAGAAAUGUGAACAAAUUCAUAUAUGUUGUGUUGAGUGGUUGCUUACACUAGAGCUGCAACGAUUAAUCGAUCAAAAGUCAAAAUUCUCUGAUUCCAGCUUCUUAAAUGUGAAUAUUUUCUGGUGUCUUUACUCCUCUAUGACAGUAACCUGAAUAUCAUUUUAUGGACCAAAAGCCUAAUUGAGAAAAUAAUUGACAAUAAAAAUAAUCAUUAGCAUGCAGCCCUAGCUUACACGUACAGUACAGUAUAUAACAAUGUUGACUUAAAUAUGAUAUGUGUCAUCAUAGUACAAAAAAACAAUAAAUCUCUUUCUCCAUUCC